AUGGGAGGAGGAACAUUUGACGUGUCACUUCUUAAUAUUAGCAAGGCUGGUACCAUUAGUGUUAAAGCUGUUGGGGGUGACACUCAUUUAGGUGGCGAGGAUUUUGACAGGGAGAUGGUCAAGUAUUGUGCCCAAGAAUUCAAGGAUAAAGUGAAUAAGGAUGUAAGUGAGAACGCAAGAGCAAUGACAAGGUUGAAAGUUGCUUGCGAGAAAGCAAAGAGGGAUCUGUCAUCGACGACUGAGACAUCAAUUGAAGUGGAUUCUUUGUUUGAAGGGACUGAUUUUUCAAUGAAAAUGUCGAGGGCAAGAUUUGAGAAGCUGAAUGGUAGGUUCUUUGAGAAGUGCAUUGAACAUGUGGAGAAUUGUUUGAAAGAUGCAAAUAUACACAAGAAUGAUGUUGAUGAUGUAGUCAUCGUUGGUGGAUCAACACGGAUCCCAAAGAUACAACAUAUGCUGAUGGAAUUCUUUGAUGGGAAACGGCUUUGCAAGAGCAUUAACGCCGAUGAAGCUGUGGCUUAUGGGGCAGCAGUGCUGGCGGAAAAGUUGAGUGGUACACGCAAUGUAGUUGUGCAAAAUCUGGUACUUGAAGAUGUAACUCCUCUUUCUCUAGGUAUUUGGGCCAGCGUACGUGGCAUGAGUUUAGAUGAACAAGAUAUGAGUAUCGUGAUCCCGAGAAACACGCCCAUACCUAUCACCAGGGAGCAGAUGUGUAGUAUGGAUUAUGAUAAGCAAGCAUAUUUGCUGAUCAAAGUAUAUCAGGGUGAGAGUAUCAAAACCGAAAAUAACAUCUUACUUGAUUCAUUCACUCUUGAUGGAGUCCCGCCAGCCCCUGAAAGACAACAAGCCAUCAAGGUUCGGUUUAGCAUAGAUGCCAAUGGUAUUCUCAGUGUCUCAGCACAGGUGGUAUCUACAGGUAUGACAAGAAGUAAAGCAAUUGACGCGGCUAAUAAAAAGAGCAAAGCAACUGAUAGCGCAGCACGAAAUUGGCUGUCUCAUCUCAUGAAGAAGCUAGAUGCUAUUGUAAGUCACGUACGCAAUUGA